GUUUGCAAUCUUCGUAAGCUACUGAAGUAUGUCUGGAAUCAAGUACACACAAUUCCCACACCCCAAUUGCAAUUCCAAGAUAACGUUCACACACUCAGCCAUCUACUUAACCUCCCUUUCCGAAUAACAUCGGCAAUCUUCCCCGCAAGCAUAUACACCGAACUCUGCGGAUGCCCCGGCACCAUAAAAGGAAACGCACUAGCAUCCACGACCCUCAACUUGCCCACCCCAAAAACCUUAGCUUCAGAAUCCACAAAAGCAUCCACAUCCCCUUCUUUCCCCAUGGCACACGUAGCGACAGCAUGCAAGAUCGACCCAGCAGCAUUCUUGAAAUACUGCAGGAUCUCCUCAUCGCUCUGCGUCGCGUCCCCUGGCGCGAUCUCAGGACCCACCGUGAUCUCAGUGACGUUGGACCACGCCUUGCGCGCGCACAUCAUAUUGUGAAAGGCGUACAGUAA